UGUCUUGUGUAUGUGUGCAUCUGCCCAAACCUUCCGGGUUGUACAGAUGGCGUUGGAUGAUCGGUUCCUCCCAGACCUGAUUGAUUGAGCAGCUUGGAAGAAUCCUGUCUGACACGGAGCUGGCGGGAGAGCCGAGACCGGUUGUCAGACAUGAGCCGUGACCAAGGCAGCAGGAGCAGAAACCUGCAGGUGAAGUUUGUGCCAGAUGAAGAGGUUUUGGAGCAUAUAACUGAUAAGCGGGAAGGGCUGAAGCUGAGGAAUAGCACGGCAGCUCAGCGCAUAACGAAUGUGAAAAACCUGACUAAGGACGUCAAUGGACAUCACGCCGAGGAUGAAUGCCCAGACGUCUGGAAGGAAAAGGACUACGUGGAAGUGCUGGCAACAGAUGCUGACGAUGUCCUGCAGACCGGUCCUGGAGGUGGCGAGGUGUAUUCUUUCCAAGCAGCCAAACGCUCACAUAAGAUGGCGCAGUUAGCCUCUGAGAUGGCGAGGACUCCUGGUAAGAAUGUGACGUUCUCCACAACAGAGGGAACUGAGGAUGAGGUCCGAGUAUCUCCCAGCAACAAGAAACAACCUGCAGUCGCUAGAACCCCUUCAAAGGGGAAAAAAACUGAAUUUAUUUCCACCACACCGCACAGACUGAGGAAGAGACUGUCAGCACCAAAUCUAAGGUCUGACAGCGAGAGUGAUUAUUCUGCUUCCAACUCUGAUGAAGAGACAGAAGAGAGGCCGGCUACAGCCAAAACACCAAGUAAAGUGUCACAGACGCCAAGCAAAGGGGCUCAAACACCCGGCAAAACGCCGUCCAAAAAAGGAAAGAAAAAAAGCAACUUGGUGGAAGAGUAUUUUGAAGCUCACAGCAGUUCCAAGGUCAUCACGUCGGACAGAACGUUGCAGAAGCUCCAGACUCCUAAAUUAGACCAGGAAACAUUAAGGAAACUCCUGGAUCAGUACCCCUCCGCAUUCGCUGACGAUCUGCGCAGUCUGAACGACAAACAUGAGGCCCUGUUCUACAAGUGGAUGCUGCAACUGCACUUAGGUUUCAACAUUAUCCUCUUUGGUCUGGGCAGUAAGCGGAACCUCAUAGAGAAGUUUAGGACCUCACUCCUGAAAGAUUCUCUCCACAUUGUCAUCAAUGGAUUUUUUCCAAGUAUUACCAUCAAAUCUAUCCUGAACUCCAUCACAGAUGAGGCCCUUGGUCACUCUGGUACCUUUCGCAGUCCCUUAGAUCAAGUGAACUUCAUAGUACAGAAGCACCAAGACGAUCCCUCUCUAGAGCUGUAUCUUCUCAUUCAUAAUCUGGACAGCCAUAUGUUAAGAGGGGACAAAAGCCAACAGAUACUCGGGCAGCUGGCGUCUAUCCCCAGUAUCCACCUCAUCGCGUCUAUUGACCACAUUAACGCUCCGCUAAUGUGGGAUCAGUCUAAGCAGAGUCUGUAUAACUGGCUGUGGUACGAGACCACCACGUACAGCCCUUACAUCGAGGAGACCUCCUAUGAGAAUUCUCUGCUGGUGAAACGUUCCGGCGCGCUGGUGCUCAGCUCCCUCACUCACGUACUGCGCAGUCUCACACCCAACGCCAGGGGGAUAUUCCGUCUGCUGGCAGAGUACCAGCUGGCCAAUAAAGACAACCCUUCCUAUACAGGUCUCUCAUUUCAAGAUUUCUAUCAACAAUGCCGAGAAGCGUUCCUGGUGAACAGUGACCUAACGCUAAGGGCUCAGCUGACGGAAUUUAGAGACCACAAGCUGAUACGCACAAAAAAAGGAGCAGAUGGAGUGGAAUACUUGAUCAUUCCACUCGAUGUCGGAACCUUGACAGAUUUUUUAGAAAUGGAAGACAAAGAGGGAUGAAGACCGGCCAAUCAGAAGAGGCGCGGACUGUGCGUGUGAGCAGGUCCUGCGAAUACGCUAAGUCAGAUGUACAUAUAACUCGCGUCAUGAGAGUACGUACGUACAGAAUACACGGCCUCUGUGUAGAAAUUAGUGAAGCAGGAUCAUACAUCGCUGUUAUGACAUCUACAGAAAAGUCACAUUCUUGCAAAGUGCGUCAUCCACCUGGUGUGAAUUAUCGGCAUGUUAUAAUUGAGAUGGGUCACAAUAUUGUUUCCACAUAACUGCAGAAUAUAUUUGUAGUAAAUAAUAAUACAAAAAAACAUGUAUAUUUAUAUUGUCAUACAAUAAAAGUUAUAUUUCUUUUCUA